GGGAGUGGAGAGGAGCCAGGAGGGUGGGGAGGGUAAAGGGAGUGGGGACUAGGGAGAGGCGCCUGGAGAACCAGACUGAGGCUGGAGCGAAGGUGGGCGAGGGGUAGUCCGGAGGGGCUUCCCUAGACCCAUAGGGGGCAGCCGGAGACUGCAGCCGGAGGUGCGGGGGCGGAGAAAGGGUGGGGACCGGCCCCACGGGGGGCGAUGCGGUAGCUGCAGCAGCGGCCGCAGGAGUUUCCCACAAUGCAGCGCGGCGCGCUGUCCCCGGUGCUGAUGCUCAGCGCAGCCCCGGAGCCUCCACCUCGCCCGCCUCCCGCCCUUUCCCCGCCCGGCCCGGGCUCAGGCCCCCGCCAUGGCUCGGCUCGUCCGGCUCCUGCCCCAGAGCCGUCGGGGGGCCUGGCUGCGGCACUUGACAGCAGCCUGCGGGCCGCCGUGGCGUUCAAGGCGGAGGGCCAGCGCUGCUAUCGAGAGAAGAAGUUCCGGGAAGCCAUCGGCAAGUACCACCGGGCACUGCUGCAACUGAAGGCGGCUCAGGGGGCCCGCCCUGGCGGCCUGCCCGCCCCCACCCCCGGGCCUGCCACCAGCCCAGGGCCGGCUCGCCUCAGCGAGGAGCAGCGGCGCCUGGUGGAGAGCACAGAGGUGGAAUGUUAUGACUCUCUCACGGCUUGCCUCCUGCAGUCCGAGCUGGUGAACUAUGAGCGCGUGCGCGAGUACUGUCUCAAGGUGCUGGAGAAACAGCAGGGCAACUUCAAGGCCACCUACCGCGCCGGCAUUGCCUUCUACCAUCUGGGUGACUACUCCCGUGCACUGCGCUACCUGCAGGAGGCCCGCAGCCGGGAGCCCACAGACACCAAUGUCCUCCGCUACAUCCAGCUGACCCAGCUGAAGAUGAACCGUUGCAGCCUCCAGCGGGAUGACAGUGGCAGUGGGGCUGGAGGACCCACUCGGGAUGUGGUGGGCUGAGGCCACGGGGCGGCCUCCAGGAGACUCCCUCCACCUCAUUGGCUACUUUCCAAGGCUUGUGUGUUUACUGGUAAAGCACUUGUCAUUGGUGACCAUACC